AUGUGUGUAGACAAACUACAUUUGAACACUCAAGAUAUUCAAUGCAGUUUAGAAAAUACUCUAACAGAAGAAUGUACAUCGGAUACGAUACAAUAUCACACAAGUUCGGUUGAUACCAGUCCGACGUCCGGUGAUGACAAUGAUAUUAUUGAAUUUGGUCCAAUUAAAGUUAAGCCACGUAAAAAACCAGCUCCAACAUUAGCAACUGGUCGUCGAUCGAAAUAUGAAACAUUGACUCCCGAAGAAGAGCACAAACGUGAAUUGAGACGAGCACGCAAUCGUGCCGCUGCCGAACGCGUUCGACUAAACCGAUUGAGUGUCGAACAAGAUCUACAAGGACAAAUCGACGCUUUAGAACAUCAAGAACAAAACUUACACAUGAAUAUUCAAAUGCUUGAAACUCAUAAACUAAAUUUACAAACGCGUAUUUCAACUCACGAACAGAUUUGUUCACCGAGAAACGUAUCAAAUACGUUGACUAAUAGUUUAAAUUAUCCUCCGAUGUCAAACAUGCUUCAAUCUACCGAACCAGUACCUGAUUUUAAUUUUGACGAGUUAUUUCCACCCUCAUCGACCUCUGUACAAACGCAAUCAAAUCAUCAGGUGAAUUUCAUACCAACAAUUGUAAACAACGAUUAUUUUGAAGAUAUCCUAAUGGAUUUAUAA